CCAUGUUACGUCAUCGGACGUCGACGCGUGGUGACGCAUCCUGCGGUCGUCGGGAGAAGUUUGAAAAUAAACGUGAAACUUUUUUCUCCGUCCUCCGGUUCCUCCGGUUCCCAUUAACGAUGUUUCUUCUGAGACUUCUCCGCUGAUUGGUGACUUUUCGGCAGAGCUGCUGACAGGAAGUGAGCGGCGCAGCGCGGGAAGCGGACCUCCAGGCCUCCAUGUCGUCCCAGAACCCCGAUCCGUCUCCGGCCUCGCUGUCAGCGCUGCUGGCCGCCGUCUCUGCCGCCAUGUCGGCCUCGGCGGACGCCAAGAAGGACCUGACGGCUCUGCUGGGCGAAUGGGAGGUGGCCCAGCGAGGAUCCACGGAGCAGCUGCUGUCGGUCCUCACCAGAAUAUCGGAGCUGAUCGAAUGCCAGACGGCAGAAUAUCACAAAGCAGAUCCUGAUCCGUUCGACGACCGACAUCCAGGCCGAGCCGAUCCAGACUGUAUGCUCGGACAGCUGCUGAAGAUGCUGUUUGUGAACGACGACUUCACCAACGCCCUGCUGGACUCGUACAUCAUGAACAGCAGAGAGCUGAGUCUGAACACGGUGGCCUGUCGGCUGCUGCAGAACAUCAUGCCGGGUUUGGAGACGGCCGCCGUCUUCCAGGAGAAGGAGGGUCUGGUGGAGAAGAUGUUCGGCUGGGCUCGUGAAGCCGAGCGGCCGCUCAGCGUUUACGCCACCGGACUGCUAGCCAGAGCCAUGAGCAACCAGGAAGUAGCAGCCGGUUACCGGGAGCAGAAUGCUCAGCUGGUUCCAGUCAUGAUCCGCCGCCUUCAGGAGCUUCAGGCUGAAGAGAACCAGCAGAACGCAGCCCAGGACCUUCAGGUGGAGGCCGAUCAGAACCAGAACGUUUCCGCAGCAGACGGGAGGAAGGUCCAACCUCCGUCUCUGCUCGGCUCCACCCGGCUGCUUCCAGACUUCACCUAUCAGAGGAGGAGGACCAAGGAGAACGGCAGGAAGGCCCAGCAGAAGCUGGACCUGACCUCCAGCGGGACGGAGGAGCCCGGCGGCUGCUCCUCCUGGUCCCAAAUGAGCUCCGUGGUGAUCGGGUCAGACUACAGCCUGGAGCCGCUGAGCCCGGCCAUGGAGCAGAGGCUGGUGCUGCAGUACCUGACCCCGCUGGGAGACUACCAGGAGCUGCUGGCCGUCUUCAUGCAGUUGGACACCAGAUCUCUGCUGAUGAACUACAUCGACCUCCGACUGACCAGAAACGUCCAGCUGACCUUCGAUGCCCUGCUGUACCUCGCCUCGCUGCUCCUCCAUAAGAAGUUCGCUGCAGAGUUCAUCGCUCACGGUGGCGUCCAGAAGCUCCUGGUGAUCCCGAGGCCUUCCAUGGCGGCGACCGGAGUUUCUCUGUGUCUCUACUACCUGGCCUACAACCAGGAUGCCAUGGAGAGGGUGUGCACGCUCCCAGAUGGCGUUCUGUCCAACAUGGUGUCUUACGCCCUCUGGCUGCUGGAGUCGUCUCACGCUUCAGGCGUCUGCCACGCCACCAUGUUCUUCUCCAUCUCGUUCUCGUUCAGGGCGGUACUGCAGCUGUUCGACCUCCAGGAUGGGCUGAGACGUCUCGUCAACCUGGUCAGUACUUUGGAGAUCCUGAAGACGGAGAAUGAGGCGUCGCUGAUGAACGACGAUCAGGUGUUUUCCAGCCGACAGACAGCCAAACACACCUGCAUGGCUCUACGCAGGUACUUUGAGGCUCACCUGGCCGUGAAGACCGAACAGGUGAAGCAGUCUCUGCAUGCAUCAGACGGAGGCACCAUUAUUCCCCAGCAGCCGUUUUACAAGGCGUAUUCGUACAGCAGAGAGCAGAUCAUCGAGAUGAUGGAGUUCCUCAUCGAGUGUGGACCUCCUCAUCUCCGCUGGGAGCCCGUCGAGAUCUUCUACAAACUGUCCUGUGUUCCUUUAAUGCUGCAGCUCAUUUCCACCGCCUGCGACUGGCGAACGUACUACGGCAGGAGUGACACGGUGCGUUACGCGUUGGACAUCCUGGCCGUCCUGACCGUGGUUCCUAAAGUCCAGCUGGGUCUGGCCGACACCGUCAUCAUCCUGGAUGAAAACCGGUCACCUGUUUCCAUCGUGGGAAUGAGCAUCAUUCUGGGCGUCGCCGAGGGCGAAGUGUUCACCAACGACGCCGAGAUCCAGAAGUCGGCGCUGCAGGUCAUAACCAACUGUGUCUGUGCUCCGGACCAGAACCUGAACACCGUGGCUGCUUUUCCUGUGACCCGCCUCAGACCAACCCUCCACCCCCAGCAGCCCUCCGCCCCCCACAACCGGGUUCUGGCCCACAUGUGGCGGGUCGUGCAGAACAACAACGGCAUCAAGGUUCUUCUGUCGCUGCUGUCGGUGAAGAUGCCUAUCACCGAUGCAGACCUGGUCCGGGCUCUGGCCUGCAAAGCUCUGGUUGGACUCGCUCGCAGCUCCGCCAUCCGACAGAUCAUCAGCAAGCUGCCGCUCUUCACCAGCGGACACAUUCAGCAGCUGAUGAAGGAGCCGGUGCUGCAGGACAAACGCAGCGAACACGUCCGGUUUUGCCGCUACGCUGCUGAGCUGACGGAGUGUGUCUCCGGUAAACCUCUGCUGAUGGGGACGGACGUGUCACUGGCCCGGCUGCAGAAGGCCAACGUGGUGGCCCAGUCCAGGAUCACCUUCUCAGAGAGGGAGCUGCUGCUGCUCAUCAGGAACCACCUGCUGGCCAAAGGGCUGCACUGCACCGCCCACAUGCUGGUCAGAGAGGCCAACCUGCCCCUGGCCUCCGUCUCUGCAGGCUCCACCCCCUCCUGCGUGACUCUGCCCCCCUCCUCCUCCUCGGCGUUGACCAGGGCCUGCCGGUUGGCAGGAGGCAUCGCUGCUCGUAUCUCCGGCCAUGUGGGAUCGUCUCCGGUGUCUUCGGUCGUUGCAGCUUCUCCUUCAUCAUCUUGGUCCUUCAUCAGCCCCUCCUCUUCAGCGACCCUCCCCCCUCCUCCUCCUCCUCCUCCUCAGGGCUCGCCUCUGGUUGGUCGGAUUCUGUUCUCACGGGAACGCCCGCUGGCCAAUAGCAACUCAGGGAAAAAGCCGUGUGCACUAAAACAGAAGGCUGACCAUGGAGCCUUCAUACAGACUCCAGCCAUGAAGAAGCAGCUGGAGCGCCUCCUGCCCUCCCCCCCCACCCUGGACGGCAUCAUCACCGAGUACCUGAGGGAGCAACACGCCCGCUGCCCCAACCCGGUCACCACCUGCCCCCCGUUCUCCCUGUUUACCCCCCACCGAUGCCCCGAGCCCAAACAGAGGCGGCAGGCUCCUCAGAACUUCACGUCCCGCCUGGCCAGCCGAGUGCUGUACCCCAAGUAUGGAGGCGUGGACCGGGGCAGUCUGGACCGACACCUGAUCUUCAGCAGGUUCCGUCCGAUGUCGGUGUUCCACGAAGGAGACGGAGACGAGAGCAGCUUCACCUGCUGCGCCUUCUCCACCCGAGAACGUUUCCUGAUGCUGGGAACCUUGUCGGGUCGGCUGAAGUUCUACAACGUGUUCUCUGGAGAGGAGGAGGCCAACUACACCUGCCACACCUCAGCCAUCACACACCUGGAGCCCUCCAGGGAUGGGAAGCUGCUGCUGACCUCGGCUUCAUGGGGAGUUCCUCAUUCAGCUCUGUGGAGCAUCGACGGCGUCUUCAGCAUGAAGAACUCAUAUGUGGACGAUCACUACGUGGAGUUCAGUAAACUUUCUCAGGACCGAGUCAUUGGAACCAAAGAACAAGUCACACACAUCUAUGACGUCCAGACGGGCCAGCAGACUCUGACCCUCAACGAUCCCACGCUGGCCAACAACUACAAGAGGAACUGCGCCACCUUCAGCCCGACCGACGACCUGGUGCUGAGCGACGGCGUCCUGUGGGACGUCCGGGCGUCCAGGGCGAUUCACAAGUUCGACAAGUUCAACAUGAACCUGAGCGGCGUCUUCCAUCCCAACGGUCUGGAGGUCAUCAUCAACACGGAGAUCUGGGACCUGAGGACCUUCCAUCUCCUCCACACAGUUCCAGCUCUGGACCAGUGCAGGCUGGUCUUCAACAGCAAUGCCACCAUCAUGUACGGAGCCAUGCUGCAGGCUGACGAUGAGGAUGAUGCCAUGGACCAGCAGAUGAAGAGUCCCUUUGGCUCCUCCUUCAGGACGUUCGAUGCUACAGACUACAAGCCCAUCACCACAGUGGACGUGAAGAGGAACAUCUUUGACCUGUGCACCGACAGCAAGGACUGCUAUCUGGCCGUCAUCGAGAACCAGGACACGGUGAGUCUGGACACCGUCUGUCGUUUAUAUGAAGUCGGUCGACAGAAACUGGCAGAAGAAGGAGACGACGAUGACCAGGACGAUGAAGAUCAGGACGACGACUCCUCGGAUACAGACGAUGAAGACGAUGAUGAUGAUUUGGAUGCAGAGCUUCUCCUGGAGGAACUGACUAAUCAAGAUGAGGGAGAAAACGAGGGCGGAGCCAACUCUCCCACCAAUGACGAGGAUCCAGAUGUUCUCGGCAGCAACGACGGCAACAGUAGCGACAACAACGACUCGGAGGAUUCAGACUCGGAGGAUUCAGACUUGGAGGAUUCAGACUCGGAGGAUUCAGACGGAACCGACGAAGCAUCGGAUUCUCUGAACCUUGAAAACACAGAAGAUCUGGGAGGAGACUCUGAUGACGAGCAUCCUCGGUUGCUACGACGUCUCCGAGGCCGAUGGUUCUUCUGACACUGCUGGGACUUAUUUCCUUUUUCUUUUUAAAAGCUGGUUUGUGGGUUUAAACCAGGCAAUCAGUGAAGACCUGCAGGUUCUCUCCAGAUGAAUUCUUUAGACGUGAAGAGAGACGAUGCAAAUAAAAAUAUUUCCAAAGACUUGA